CGGGGGACGAAUGACGCAACGAAGAGGAGCGGGGGGAUCUUGGUGGUCUUGUUGUCAACAGAUCAUCUUCAAACUCAUCCUCAACAGCCAGUACACAUUCACCAUGAGCAACAAGUCAGAGGCAGAAGUGGUCAAAGAGUUUAAUGAGAUCGUCAAUAUGACGGCGCAGGAGCUCGAGUCAUUUCUCAAGACAUCCGAGUCCAAAUCCGCAGGAUGGUCCAAAGGCGAUUCGUCAGGCGAAUCGAUAGGUCACGAUUCGGGUCGAAAGAUUGUGGAUAUUCUGAAACGGAAUCCGAAAAAGGAGGAGAGCAAAUACACGGAUGAAGACAAGGAACACAUGCGCAAAGUUGUUGCGUACUGCAAGAGGCAUUUGGCCCAAGAGUCUCAUCUCAAGGAGACAAAGAGUGAAGAAGAGUUGAAAAAGGCUAAAUCGACAUUGAGUUUGAAGAACUGGGGUCACGAUCCCUUGAAAAUUGGAAAAGGCGGUAGCGGAUCCAAGAAGCCGGCGUCCAAAUCAGAGGACAAGAAGCCAGCUUCCAAGGGAAAGCCAGCGUCGAAGAAAGAGGAGGACGAUGAGAAGCCAAAGUCGACCGGAAAGAAGGCGGAGAAGCCAGCUUCUUCGAAGAAAGAGGACAAACCGGUGUCGAAAAAGGCGGAGAAGCCAGGAUCCAAGAAGGAGGAGAAGCCUGUUUCGAAAAAGGCGGAGAAGCCAGCUUCCAAGAAAGAGGAUAAACCGGCUUCAAAGAAAGAGGACAAGCCCGUCUCCAAGUCAAAAGCUACAGGAGAAAAACGAGGAGCAGAGGACAAAGCUGAGGAGAAGGAGAAACCCGCAUCAAAGAAGGCAAAGACGGACAAGCCCGCCAGCGAGGGGAAGAAACCAGCUAGCAAGGGAAAGAAGUAAGGUGCAUGGCGUGGUCAGGCCGAGCUGGAAGCAAGUCAGAAGUAUAUGUACGGAGCCUAGCAGAUUAAUCAUUCGAGUCUUGUAUUUCGCGCCGAAGAACGUUGCAUGUCACAAGAUAUGGCGACUAUUCAAAA